GGCAAGAUAAGCGUAAGCAGCCGCUGCCAACAACUUCAAACAGCCUUUUCGGAGUCUGUCAACCGUGUGUCUCCUGGCUGUGCUGUUUCUUCCUCUGGCCUGAGAACUGAAAAAAAUGCUGUCAUUCGCGCUGAGACAACUCACACGGCCACUGUGCCAGAGAGCCCCAAUUCGUCUCAGUGUACGUGGUCAACAGUCCUACGCUGCCAUGCGUACAGUGGAUGAAGAUCGUCCAUGGACAGGCCAGGAGAGCCUGGCUCAGGAUGACCCUGAGAUGUGGGAUCUACUUCAGAAAGAGAAAGACAGGCAGUGCCGUGGCUUAGAGCUCAUUGCAUCUGAGAAUUUCUGUAGUCGAGCAGCUCUGGAAGCUCAGGGCUCCUGUCUGAACAACAAGUAUUCGGAAGGCUACCCAGGGAGAAGAUACUAUGGUGGAGCAGAAGUGGUCGACCAAAUUGAGCUACUGUGUCAGAAGAGAGCCUUGGAUUCCUUUGACCUGGAUCCAGCUCUGUGGGGUGUCAAUGUCCAGCCAUAUUCUGGCUCACCUGCUAACUUUGCCGUCUACACUGCCGUGCUCAACCCCCACGACCGCAUCAUGGGCCUGGACCUGCCUGAUGGAGGACAUCUGACCCAUGGCUACAUGUCUGAUGUAAAGAGGAUAUCUGCAACCUCAAUCUAUUUUGAGUCCAUGCCCUACAAGCUGAAAACUGCAACAGGACUCAUAGACUACGACCAGAUGGAGCUGACGGCCAAGCUGUUCCGGCCCAAGCUCAUCAUUGCUGGCACCAGCGCCUAUGCCCGCCUCAUUGACUACGCCCGCAUCAAGAAGCUGUGCACUGACAUUAAAGCCUACAUGCUUGCUGACAUGGCCCACAUCAGUGGCCUGGUAGCAGCCAAAGCCAUUCCCUCUCCCUUUGAACACGCUGACUUGGUCACCUCUACCACACACAAAUCCCUCCGAGGAGCCAGAGCUGGCCUCAUCUUCUACCGUAAGGGUGUUCGCUCAGUGGACAAGAAGGGGAAGGAGAUCAUGUACGACCUCGAGGACAAGGUCAACUUCUCUGUCUUCCCCUCCCUGCAGGGUGGACCUCAUAACCAUGCCAUCGCCGGUGUGGCUGUGGCACUUAGACAGGCACAGUCUCCCAUGUUUAAGGAGUAUAUUGCCCAGGUGCUAAAGAAUGCCAAGGCUAUGGCUGCAGCUCUUCUCAGCAAAGGCUACACCCUGGUAUCAGGUGGGACCGACAACCACCUGGUCCUGGUAGACCUGCGCCCUAAGGGCAUUGACGGAGCUCGUGCCGAAAGGGUGCUGGAGCUCGUGUCAAUCACUGCCAAUAAGAACACUUGCCCUGGGGACAAGAGUGCCCUGACUCCUGGCGGCCUUAGGCUAGGUGCUCCAGCCCUGACCUCAAGACAGUUCAAAGAAGCUGACUUUGUGCAAGUUGUCGAGUUCAUGGAUGAGGGCUUCAAGAUUGCCUUGGACGUCAAGAAAAAGACAGGAAAGCUCCAGGACUACAAGAAUUUCCUUCUUCAGGACCCAGAGACUGUUGCUCGCAUCGCUGAUCUGCGCCACCGUGUUGAAGCUUUUGCCAGGCCCUUUCCCAUGCCGGGCUUCCACGAUCAUUAGGCCAGUCAGAAUGGAGUCAGGAGGCUGAAAGCCAGGUGGUGGAAAGCUGGCUGAGCAGAAGUAUUUAAGGAGAGGGAAAGAGGUCAUGAGGUAGUAAAAUGUGAUUGGUGACUGUAAAUGGGGAUGAAUUUUGAGUUCCCUUUAUUCCAAUCAGAUCUGGGAAACCACAUUUUUUUAAUACUUCUUUGCAAUCAUCCAUCAGUCUAUUCUAGUAAAAACAUGGCCUCCAUAUCGAGGUAAAGGAAAAAAAACAUGAGUUUUUUUUUUUUUUUUUUUUUUUUAAGAGCCGAAGAACUUAUUUUCUAUUGUACGUGUGAAGAUUUUUCUCCGUUGUUUUUACACCAUUUCUUUAAUGUGUGUGUAUGGGACGAAAAAAUAACAUUUCAAAUCCAACAUGACCAACAGGUACUGGGGUCACAGACUCUGUGACUUGAUUAAUGUAUAAGUAGUUAUUACAAUAAGUUACACUGAAGAGUCUUAACGCUGUAAAGAGACUUAACUAAAGUCACUAAUGUAGAUUAUUAUAUUCACCUGUGUGCAUGGUAGUUUUUCUAAUCUCAUUUUCUCUUUAUGAAACCAGGUAAAGUAGGAAGCUUCAUGAUGCAAAGGGUUGCUCUGCCAAACAAUGUUGUGUUGGCCUUCUAACAUUUUUGUGGGGGAAAUUUUGCUGAAAAUCACAAAUUCACUCAAAAUAUCCAUAUUUGAAAGUUAGCCCUUUAAUUUAGGAGAGAAUCGUGCAACUUGUCUCGAAAGUGGAAGGGUCCAAGUCAGAUUGCAAAUUAUAAUAUAAUAUGUCCACCUUGUUUUCUUUUGAUGCUGUUGUGAUUGCAUCAUCUUUUUUUUUUUUUUUUUCUUCCGGCAUAUCAUAAUGUCAGAUUUUAAUCACUCUAUAUUUUGUAAUGGCAGAUAAAUAACCAAAUGGAAUAAUAACAGCAAUGUCAUCCUGGAUUAUUUCAUACUUUCCUUUAAGUGCGUUUACAAAGAGUAUAUACUUUUCUAUAUAUUAUUUUAAAGAAAAAUUAACUAUGUGAACUGUCAUCAUUUCACAUAUAUCUUUUGGUUUCUAAUACUAGUAUGAAUAUCACUUGUUGCGCAAGAAAAAAGAUGAUCUGUGGUGAAAUUUGCCAGAUUUAAGUGUCAUUUAUUUCACCACGGUGUUCAAUGAUGGAAACUGAAGCAGCUGGAGUUGAUAAAACAUUUUCAGAGAAUUUUGUCAUCUGUCUGGUUAACAGAUUAGCACUAUUGUCAUUAUCACUGCAUCAGUGAGGAAGCAAGAUUUCUGUUUGUGAAAUGGUCUUACAGCACAAUCGAGAAAAAGGAUGUUAGAAACGGUGUGGUAGUGGCUUACUUUGUGCAAAACCCAGCUUCUAAUGUAAACCGAAUAUGAAUUAUCCAGAUGACUAGUUUUUGACAGCCAAUAGAAUGAACUUUGCCAAAACAGACCAAUAAGUAUUUUACUGCACUGUUCAUAAAGUCACUGUUUAUCUGUUAUCAUCUCUGACACGUUGCCAGGUACUGUACUUUAAGUUUGAACUGUCUUUUACAGAACGCUUUUAUUUUAUUAGCUGAUACCUAAUAAAAUUCAUUAAUGCAAA